AUUGGCGUCCAAUGUUUUUGCUGCCGUCGGCGUAUACUUGAGUUUUUGCUAGACGUGGUGGUGCAAGGACGGUGGCGAGCCGGAGACUGUGACGCUGGGGAUGCCGGCAACCACAGUGACCGUGUGCUGGAGCCAUCCGGUGGGAGGGCUGUAAUCGUCAACGCCAGAAGCUGGAGCCACGUGCUGCAAUUCCGGCGGCCACGUGUCAAGGGGAUGGCAAGGGGACGAAGAGAAGGCGCCAGAUCUGAACACUUGGGAGACGUUUCAUCGUACGGCCAAGGCACGACCGGCUGAAUUUUUUGUCGGCCGGCCGGUCGCCUAGCGCUGGGAAUUCCCUAGCUGGCUAGCUCUGGCCUGUUCGGGCGCCUCAGUCUCAUCGCCAGCAAUGGAUCCAGCGACCAAACUGCGAUUCGACUCGCCGCUCCUCCGCGUCUACGAGGACGGCCGAGUGGAGCGUCUCUUCGGCACAGAAACCACCCCGCCGGGCGUCGAUGCUGCCACCGGCGUCACCUCCAAGGACGUCGUCAUCGACGCCGCCACCGGCGUCUUCGCCCGCCUCUACGUCCCCGACCUCGUCGCCGCCGGCUCCGAUUCCCAGCGCAAGAAGCUCCCGAUCCUCGUAUACUUCCACGGCGGCGGCCUGGUCCUCGACUCGGCCGCCUCUCCGACGUACCACAGGUACCUCAACUCCGUCGCCUCCAAGGCCGGCGUCCUGGCCGUGUCGGUCAACUACCGCCUCGCGCCAGAGCACCCGCUUCCCGCGGCCUACGACGAUUCCUGGGCGGCGCUCAGCUGGGCCGCGUCGAGGGAUGAUCCCUGGCUUUCGGAGCACGGCGACGCCGGCAGAAUCCUCUUGGCCGGCGACAGCGGAGGCGCGAACAUCGUCCACAACAUAGCAAUCAUGGCCGGCACCCGGGAUGGUUUGCCGCCAGGAGUACGGAUUGAGGGGGCGAUCAUAUUCCAUCCUAUGUUUGGUGGUAAGGAGCCAAUUGACGGCGAGGCCAUGGACAUGAGGGCGAUCACGGAGAAGCUUUGGCCCAUAGUAUGCCCGGAAAGCGCAGACGGGUUGGACGACCCGAGGUUGAACCCGAUGGCUCGUGGAGCGCCGAGCUUGCAGAAGCUGGCGUGCCGGAGGCUGCUUGUCUGCUCGGCCGACGGAGACUUCGCGCUGCCGAGGGCCGCGGCGUACUACCAGGCCGUGAAGGCCAGCGGGUGGCCCGGCAGGGUGGAGUGGCUAGAGUCCAAGGGAGGAGAGCAUGUGUUCUUCCUCAGCAAGCCGGAGUGUGAUGAGGCUCUGCAACUCAUGGACAGGGUGGUCGCCUUCCUCGCUGGCAAUUGAUUCAGAGGACACUGACUUAUUUGUGUUCCCCUUCGGGUUGCAAGUGUAAUCAGAUCUCAAAAGCACACUUGUAUUUGUGAAUUCAGAACCAUUGAAAAUAAAGGACAAUAUUAUUCGGUUUUGCUAAAA